CUCGUUCAGGGAGAGCCACACGCUAGCCCAGCACGGCAGUACACCAUGUCGCCGUCCUCCUUCCGUCCACGCAAGCUAGCUGGUGGCUCCAAGCGCGCUCUCAGCCACGCCUCCUCAACCUCGCCCCCACCGUAGAGGCCGCGCGGGGAAAGAACCAGGGGAGAGUGAGAAAAAUCCUUCCUCCUGGUAGAAUCUAGAAGGGGGUGGGCGCCAUGGGGAUACUACUGGUAUCUGGCAGAUUCUUGGCGCGACGGCCGUCCCUCGCGCUCGCCCCUCGCUGCUCCGGAGGCUCCCCAGACAAGCGCGGCAGGGACGAAGGUGACACAUCAUCCACUGACUGGGACAAGGCUUGGUCUACGUUUAAGAAGAAAGGGAAGAAGUCCCUAUUUUCGGAGUUCUCGCCGAACAAAUAUGUGACCUGGAACCCGCGGCGCAGUGAGUAUCCUUUGUCUGAAGAGGUCGAUCCAAUCAAAAGAGCUGAGAGAUCUAACUUGAUGUUGUGGACAAGUCCAAGAUUUACCUUAGUAGGGGCGAUUAUCAUUGUCUUGGCAUUGCUAAUCUAUACACUGCUUGUGCCAGCCAAGUAACUGUUCAAAUGACUGGUAGGAGGUGACCUGUAGGCCGAAUAUUCUACUUGGAAGUCUAUAUUGUACAUUUAGUUUGUAAUAUACUUCACCAACUGUAGCAAGGAUCUGUAUUUCUUCAACCACAUUUUAAUAGAUCAUCCCUUUCAGUUUA